CACAUAGUCCUCUUCAAGCUCAAAUCCGGCUACACAGUGGACAGCAAAGAAGUCGCCGACCUCAAAGCCGCCGGCCAAGCCAUGGUUGGUCAAAUUCCAGGCCUCUCUCGGAUCGACUUUGGCCCACCUCUCGCAUCCACCGCCCACAGAUCUCAAGGCUACGAUUUGGGACUCGUGGCGGUCCUGGAGAAAGCGGAAGACGUGAAGGUGUAUGCGGAGCACCCAAGUCAUCAGAAAGUCAACACGUUGAGGUUGGAGGUCACGGAGCAGACGCUGGCUUAUGAUUUGGUGGUUGAAGACAAUGGUUCUGGAGGAAAGCUGUAA